CCGCUCUGAGAAAAGAAUAGCCGCACCCGGAGUUCAUUCAGUCGGUUACCGCAGCCGCACACACAUAACUGUUGCGCAUUAGGUCUUGGAGAGGAUUUUUUGCAUGUGAGAAGAUGAGAGAAAUUGUUCACAUUCAGGCCGGGCAAUGCGGAAAUCAGAUUGGAUCUACGUUCUGGGAAACCAUCUCCGAGGAGCAUGGCAUUGAUCCUACGGGAGCCUACCACGGCGACGCCGCUACCCAGCUGGAGAGGAUCAACGUGUACUACAAUGAGGGCUCCAAGGGAAUGUACGUGCCACGCGCCGUCCUCGUGGACCUGGAGCCCGGCACCAUGGACGCAGUGAGGACGGGCCCCAUUGGCCGCCUGUUCCGCCCCGACAACUUCGUGUUCGGGCAGAGCGGCGCCGGCAACAACUGGGCCAAGGGCCACUACACGGAGGGCGCCGACCUGAGCGAGGCAGUGAUGGACGUGGUGCGCAGGGAGGCUGAGGGCUGCGACUGCCCGCAGGGCUUCCAGCUCACGCACUCGCUGGGCGGCGGCACGGGCUCAGGCAUGGGCACUCUGCUGCUGUCAAAGGUCCGUGAAGAGUACCCCGACCGGAUCGUCAAGACGUACUCUGUGGUGCCCUCCCCGAAGGUGUCGGACACGGUCGUGGAGCCGUACAACGCCACUCUGUCAAUCCAUCAGCUCGUCGAGAACACUGACGAGACCUUCUGUAUGGACAACGAAGCCUUGUAUGAGAUCUGCUACCGCACGUUGAAGCUCCCGACCCCCAGUUACGUGGACCUGAACCACCUCAUCUCCCUGACCAUGUCCGGGGUCACCACCUGCCUGCGCUUCCCUGGCCAGCUGAACGCCGACCUGAGGAAGUUGGCCGUGAACAUGGUGCCCUUCCCCAGGCUGCACUUCUUCGUGCCGGGCUUCGCCCCGCUGACGGCGCGUGGCAGCCAGCAGUACCGCGCCGUGACCGUGGCCGACCUCAUGCAGCAGAUGUUCGACGCCAAGAACAUGAUGGCGGCGUGCGACCCCCGCCACGGGCGGUACCUCACAGUCGCCGCGGUGUUCAGGGGGCGCAUGUCGAUGAAGGAAGUGGACGAGCAGGUGAUGAAUAUGCAGAAUAAGAACAGCAACUACUUCGUCGAAUGGAUUCCCAACAAUAUGAAGACGGCCGUUUGCGAUAUUCCUCCGCGAGGUCUCAAAAUGGCCGCCACCUUCAUGGCCAAUACCACCGCGAUUCAGGAAGUGUUCAAACGCAUUUCCGACCAUUUCACUUCAAUGUUCAGGCGCAAGGCUUUUCUUCACUGGUACGUGGGCGAGGGUAUGGAUGAAAUGGAAUUCACGGAGGCAGAAGCAAACGUGAACGACCUGAUUUCUGAAUACCAGCAAUAUCAGGAAGCUACUGCAGAAGACUAUGAAGACUUAGAGGAAGAUGAAGAGCAGGUAGAGGACGACGAUUAAAGAAUGUCGUUCCUGUUAUUUUGUUAAAUAUAUUUUUUGUUGAAGAUCGAAAAAAUAAAUUUUAAGAUGUUUCUUUCCUUUUUAUCCUUUAAAGACCAAAUUGUUAAUAAACUAGAUGUAAUUUCUAAUUAACAUUAAGAUAAAGCUUAGUGACAUUGAAGUCUUCACUGGUUUUCAAGCACUAUCCCCUGAAAAGGUAC